AUGAGUGUCACGACUGGAUCUGCAACCGAUUCUGACUCUGUGCUUUCUUCUAGCCAUGCUUCUUCCUCUUCUUCCUCUAGUAGACGGUCGUCCUCGGCGUCCAGUGGGAGCGCGUCGCGGUCCAGCUCUUCGACAUCGUCCUCCCAUUCAUCUUCUCACCUCACAACCUCACCAUCGUCUACGGCCUCACCAGCAUCCUCCACCUCUCCAGUGACGCCCACGUCAUCCGCAAACACAUGGACCUACUCGAACACCGCCGUGUCCUUCCCCGUCGUGAGCACGCGGACGUCGACGUACGUUGCGACGACGGACUCGACGACGACCGUCCACUCCGCGACAACGGAGACGGUGCACUACACCGUCAAGACUGUCACGGCGACGUCGAUCUGGACGCUCACGUAUACGAGCCAGGGGCACACGAGCGUCACAGUGCUGUCGUCCGUCAUCGUGUCGGGCUCGCUCAUCCCGGAGGCGAACGGCGGUAAGCAAUUCUUCGCCCAAAGCCACGGCGCGCUCGCCGGCCUCAUCAUCGGCUGCAUCGCGUUGCUCGCGCUGCUCGGCGCCCUGCUCAUCAUCGCGCUCCGGCGGCACCGCGCGCACAAGACCGCAGAGGCCGCCACCGCCGAGGCGCUCGCCAACACCGCGCGGCGCCGCCCCGCGAACAUGCUCGCCGACGAGGACGAGGACGACGCCCCGCCCGGGGGCAUGGCGCAGCGCGGCGGCCCCGCGAGCGUCCCCGGGUACGGCAGGCUCCGCGGCGGCGACGCGAGCGACUCUGUGUUUGAUAGGCUGGACGGGUCGGGCGCGGGCUUCGACCCGAUGUCGAGGUUUAGCGGGCAGAGCGCGCUGGCGGACCUCGCGCUCAGCUCGAGCUACUACGCCGGCGCGUUCGCUGCGGGUGCAUCGGCGGACGGCCAUGAGCGUGACCCCGCGGACGGCUCGGACGGACGCCCCACGGGGAUGUCGCGCUCGAAUAGCGGGGAAGACGAUUAUGCGCAGGGGAGCUCGAGUGAUCACCUCAGUGCGACGCCGUUGCUGGGUACUGCUACUGGUGCGGUGACACGUUCUGCUUCGGGCUCGGGCUCGGGAGCGGGGAUCGACCCUGCGGCGUGGCUCAGUGGACGGGACGUGGCGUAUACGGCCGUGCCUAUGAGCGCGAACGCAUCCUCGCCGACGUUUCCCCACCCGCCUGGCGCCGCGGAUCCGUUUGCGGACCCUGCAGCACAACCGUACAGUAACCCGGCCGCGAGCGCCAACCCGUUCGGCGACCCGGUCUCUGUCCAGCCCCCGCGCAGUCAACGCCAGUCGUGGGACGAGUUCGCCGCGUAUAGUGGUGCGAGCGACGCAGACCACGGUGCGCCCGCGGGAGCGAGCGGCUCGUCGAGCGGACAUGGUGCGGGCUCCGGCGGGUAUAACUCUGGCGGGUCGGCAUACGGGCACGCCGCACUCGGGAGCAGGCCCGGCUCGUCGAGCGGGCAUGGCCACGACGGUUGGUCGUCGGACGGUCACGGCAAGCAGGUCGAUGGCCGCUCGAGCAACGGCCAUGGUGAUAGCUACGCCGUCACUGCGAGCAAACGCUCGAGCUUGCUGCCGACGAUCCCUGGUGUGCCACCCACGGCUUACCGUGCCCCGGACGGCCAGGGCGAGGACAGUAAUGCGAGUGCGGGGAAGAGGAGGAGUUUCUUGGGUGUGGGUAAGCCGUGGAGACGAAGAGCGAGCGUGAGCGAGUCGAGCGAUACGAGGGCGUCGUACGUCGAUGCGAGGAGCUCGUUCCCUGACUCGGAUCCGCGCCUCUCUGGCGCGUCGAGCGGUGUUCCGGCUAACCGCGCCCGAAGCGCGACGGUCAGCCCUGCGACGUCCCAGCAGGCCCUGAACGUCCUCGGUGCGACGAGCUCGUCGCGGCUGUCUGCCGUGGGCGGUGUGGCGAGUGCCCCUGGGACGUUUGGGCGCACGACGAUGCGCCGUCCACAGUCGCCUACGCUCCCGCCGGGAUCGAUACAGCCCCCUACAGUGGUGCACAACGCCGCCUACUCCCGCCCCGCGCCCUCCGCUUACACAAGUCCUGCGUACCCAGUUGUCCCACACGGCUCAGGUACCCUUCCGCCCUCGUCCUACUCGAACAACGGGUACCCGUAUGGACACCAGACGCCCUCGACGCACUCAGAUGCGUACGCGUCCUCCUCUGACCUACACAACGGGCUGCACCCCUGGCGCGGCCUCGCAGGCUUGUUCGGCGCGCCCGACAUGCCGAGUCCCGCGCUGACGGAGGCGAGCAGCACGGGUGCGCCUGAGGGCCUGUUGGACCCCCAUCGGGUGGGCACGGUUGCGGGCGGUAUGGGCGCCGCGGGGAUGCGCAGCACUGGGGAGAUUAGCUUCAGGGAUGAGGUCGAUUAUAGUAGGCCGAUCGGUGGGCUCUUAUAUAACCGCCAGCAUAGUCAGACGACGGUGCACACGACGAGCACCCGUCAUAGACCGUUCGCCAGCGAAGAGGACGAAGAGGACGAAGACCUCUCGUAUUUGCAUGGCCUUGUGUCAUGA